UGCAGGUAUUGUAUAAAGCGAAUCCGUUUUUAGUCCUAGCGCUAGGAGAUGUGAACUUCCAACGCCGCCCAUCCCCAUUGUGGUUCUAAUUUAAUGCUGCGAAGCCAGGCAAUAAACAAAAACGAUGACGAUGAUGUUGAAGAAACGAAAUUUUAUCAACAUGGAUGGCCCUCCGCAAAUACCAUCGCGCCUUCUGGAAUGGACGCCUGCACUUCUCCGCAUCUUUGUGCAGCACUUCUUUUUGACGUCGCUUUUCAUUGCCGGCAUAUUCAUUCUUCCGUGUUCUUGUCUGCAGCUAGGGAGUCAAAGCGGGCACGAUUUGGCGUCGACUAGUUCUGUCUCACCCGCCGGUGCCGGGCCGUAUAAUCCCGGUGCAUCGAUUCAUUUCCGCGAGGAUGACGCUAACGCCGUUGUCGCCCGGGGGGAGCUACAACAUGCAGUGCUGGAUACAGCGGUGCCCGCAAGAACUAGCGGCCCUUUUCCGCCGCACUGGAUUGGACACUCUGUCUUGGCGAGCGAAGUGCUCUACCAUGCCGCAGACAUGCCGUCAGAUAGUACGUACACGCCACCAUGGCCUCAGCCGCAGGCAGUUGAAAGUUACCACUCGCAGCACCAGCAUACCGGACGGCCUCAACCUGAACUCAAUCACAGUCGUGGUUUUCUGGAACAACUACACCAGACCGCGGACGGCGCAACGACAGAUGCCGCAACUAGAGGCAGCGUUAGUGCCCCGCGAGGACCACACACUACGACCGGCGCCGCACCGUCGCGGCUGCCUUUCGCGGCCGUAGCUGGAGGCGGGUCGCUGACGCUGGCAGGACGAAGCGAAGACGAUAUCAAGGCGUGGACAGCUACAGGCUACAUCCCGGAAGGUCCGCUUCUACAUCGGAGGGACUUGAUCUCUCAUAAUGCGGGCUCUGGCAUGUCGAUGUCGCAAACCCAAUCGCAACAGCAGGAACAAGGAGUCAAGCACCACGCGCCGCCGCCCAAAGCCUCCUUCAUUACGAACAGGGGGAACAAGAGCUAUGCGAUAGGGUGGACCGGCGCGCCAUCAGCCCGUAAUGUUCAGUUUCAGCCCCUCCGAAGCGUCGAGGCCGUUGAGCAAGUGCGGGUUACCGUCGUCCCGCCGGCGGAGGGACCUAUUCUGAUGUCGGCCGGCACGAUGAAUAAUAACUCCUCCAACGAGGACCCUGGAGCUCCAUAUUAUGCUGGGCGGUUGUUCCCGUUCGCGGUUGGGCCGCCGCCUUGCGGAACAACUCUUGCCGCGGUACAAGAAUCGCCGGCGUCGUCUGCCUCGAGCUUGAAUAAAACGGUUCUUGUGGACUGUUCAGAAGAUGCACGACGGGGAGCGCAACCGCAUCAUGAACAUUCUUCCGGCGCCUCAGACGACAAUCAACGUACGCUGCCCACGGAGCAGUCGUCGUGCCCGGUCGGUGCUGCUGCUACCUCCGCUACAGCGGUCUCAAACUUACAAAUGAACACCUCUAGUACUGAGCAAAGUCGGUCCUCGACGCCCGGGCAGUCCAACCAGAGCAGCGGAAGCUCGCACACGUGCAUCAGCGCCGCCAGUGACUGUCCACACGUUGGGCUGCCGCUCACCGCGACUGGCGGGCCGUAUUUGUGCUGCAAAGCACGACUCAAAUUCGAGAAAACGACGAAGCCCGCGAUUGACCCCGCGGUAAAGCAAUUCUGUGCCUUCAACUACGGCCGGAUGGUGCAGCUCUGGCGCACGAACGCGAAGGAACAGAGCGCGUUGGUGUGUGGUUCUUUUCGGGACUAUGAGAAGGCCGCGGAUAUUUUUCCGACAGAAUCUUCCAAUUAUGCGGGGGCUGGUGGUGGUGGAGAGUCGUCGGCGUGUAAAAAUGCGGCGGUUUAUUUCCGUUGCGCGUCGGGAAGCUUGGCGUCCGGAGUCACGAAUUGUAGCACGGCUUGUUCCAGUUACACGGCAGGCGCCCAACCGGCAAGGAAGCCUGUUCUAAAAGGCUGGCGUGAAGGCGGCCAUGAACUGCCUGUGGAAGGCGAGGAUAGUCAAAAUUACGCAGCACAAGAUCAUGUCACGACGAUGUUCUGCGGGCCGGAGGUGGUAGAAGAGGACCUGAAAAGAACUACCGAGAACCACGCAGCGCAAGAACUCGCAGAACAAGAACUACCUACCGCCACUCUCCUUGCAGAGGAGCACGCAAGCCGCGAUAGAGUACGUGCGUCUCUGUUGCAGAUUCACGAGGGCCACUGCAGCAUGAGCGUCUGCACCUCUAGUGCAACAGAGAAUACGAACAAACAAGAAUCGGCGAGUCGUUUAUUAAGCGGAGGUGCACCAAGCGCCACUGCGGUGGCGAAUUUCUGCCGUCUCUCCUCUUCCGGGAGCACCAUUGCGCCGGGGUCGCUCGACAGCAGCGGGAGCAGCUUGGGUAUGGAUUCGAGCACGCGCAGUCUCCGGUCCAGUCCACCGAGCGCUGGGAGGAGUCCUUUGAUGCUGUCGGUGACGUCUGCAACAGGCGAAAGGACCACACGCCCGAUCGCAUCCGGGAGCGCUGACCAGCCACCGCCCGUUCUAGAACAAGCAUCAGCAAAAGGCGACAGAGUGCUUACACCCACCAGCUCGAACGCGGCUCCGAGCGGCAACAGCCGGAGCAUACUUGCAGAUAAAACACGGUCGUGUGCCACAAGUACGAGCUGUGCCCCCGAGAGGAACGCAGCAGAGACUACCACGAAGUCAUGUGCCGCAGGAGCUUCCAGCGUCGAACCAAGAUCGCAGCAUGCUUCUAUGAUGGAGCAAGAAGAGGCACAGCACUGGGCAUAUUUAUCGCACUUGCUUCGCGACAAGAAGAAUCAGCACAGAAGUAGACAGGGCAAGCCCAUUUACCGGCUGCGAACUGCUACAUCAACGGGAGAACGGAGCCCGUACCUUCUUUCCCAGAACACGAACAGAGGAACGAGGGCUGAACAAGAGAGCAAAACUACAAUUCGGAGUGAAGACAGCCACGAAAGUAGACAAAAAAGUACUACACGACAGGAGGCGACGAGUCAACCCUCCACUGGAGAAAAUGCUGGCACGACUACUAGCUUAUCGACGCUACGCCGCAUUUUUCCCGUUGGAUGUACAACAGAAACCGUACCUACUUGCAGCCCAAUGAACACAACGGGUCUGGAUUUUCCCCUGGAAGAGCGGAACGAAACUGGCCACGUUCCAGCGCAACGCUGGCGACAGGAGGACAAAGCGAAAGACCGGGAGAACUACCCAAGCUGGAUCGACACUCCUGCGAGAACAGAUGCUCCGUGGACCUCGCAGCUCCCCCCAGUCCCCUACGACAAUACUUUUCUGUCCCAUGGUGCCGAUAAUUGCAGAUCCUCCCGUUCUUCGCGGCGGAACUGCAACCUGGUUUUACCGACCUGCAUCGGAGGCAGCUCUUGUCGUGAUCAGAAUGCCACGACGAUGAUUUCUCCGCCUUUUGCCGCCGGCCCGGCCGCGGCUUUGUUACUGCAACUAUCUGCAGGUGGUGGGGAUGGUGCAGGCUGUUGCGCCGACCCAGACGGGGCGGCGAGCAGCUGCGGCUCGUCCACAGGCGGGGGCCGGUGCUACGUCUUCUACCGGAGUCGGGACGACUGCUGCUGGGGCUGCGUUUUCGUGUUUGACUCGAUUUGCUCGCUCUUUCGCAUGCUGUUCGGCUUCAAUCUUGUGGAGGGACGAGGAGUGUAUUACUCGUACUCCUGA